AUGUUAACAACAAGAAUUAAUAAUAAAAAUUUCGAUGCAAAUUGUAUAACAAUGGAUACAGUUAUUAAUCCAAUAUCUCCAUAUGAUCGUUCUAUUUCACCAUCUGUUAUAUCUAUUGAUAUGACACGAAUCUCAUCAUUUGAAAAUGACAUUAAUAAUAAAACAAAUUCUUCUGAUACAAAUAUUUAUCAAACUGAAUGGAAACAUAGUUUAAAACAAAUAAUGAUGAGUAAAAUACCAUUGAUUGAAAAAAAUGUUAUUUCUGUAAUUGAACUUCCUUCAUUACAAUCAAAUUUAGUUUCAUCAAAAUCAUUAUUUUCAACAAUAAUAUUUAUAUGA